GUGCUGCUGCUGGGGCUGGCAGCCGGGGCUGAGGGGUGCGGAGGUGCUUGUGCUGUGCGAGGUGACCUCUCACAGCGUUGGGCUCAAAUAGACAGCCUUCAGCAGGCUCUGUUGUGGUAGGACAAGGGGAAACGGCUUCAAACUGAGAGAGGGGAUGUUUAGAUUGGAUAUAAGGAAGAUUUUUACAACUAGGAAGUUAUUUUUGAAAGAAAGAGUACAUGUAAGAGACAAAAUGGCUCAUGCUGGGAGGCGAUACCGAGAUAAGCAAGGUGGGUACCAUGAGAAUCGUGGAUCUGAUGGAUAUGAGGAAGACAGAAAAACAAGAAAACCAAGCCCAUACAAUGGAAGGCCAGCAAAAGAUACCCGUGGUGGCCAGCACUCGAGGGCUUCCACCAUUUGCUCAGAGCCGUACUCUAAAGCUUCAGCAGCAUCACAGGAGUAUUUUGACUCACCACCACAGUAUUACCCCACCAAGGAAACCUUGUCCAUGAAGUGUUCAAAGGUAUGCACAACAAGAGGCAUUUUGAAGUUCGUGGAAAUCACCGUUAACCUCCUGGUGCUGAUUUGUGUGGGUGCUGCCCAAGCCUCUGUUGCAGGCUUUACUUCCGUCGGCGGCUUGGGCAUCGGAUCCUUUAACCUGAAUUCAGCCUACAGCCCCUUCGAGGGCACGGAGCUCCAGGAAGUGAGGGAGCUGGACAUGCAGAUCACCCAGAUGAGAGCCCCCUGCGUCUACGGCGGAGUAACCUUCAGCUUAGCAGCAGCAGCGCUCACGCUCAUCUUCCUCGUAGUGGGGGCAAAACCCAUCCACCGCCUCAAGAUGGGGCUGCUCGGUGGUGAAUGCGCCUUCAGCCUGCUGGCUGGUGUGUGCUACGUCAUUGCAGUUAGUCUCUACUUGCACUUUGUCACCCAGGUGAACGCCACGGAAGCUUGCAAGAGGCGUGAGAGGCUGUACGCGCGCCGUGGUUACACCUCCAUGAACUGCGUGGUCCAGGGUGGCGAUGCAGCCGUCGGCCUCUUUGGUGUAGUUGCGGCCUGUUUGUACUUUGCCAGCUUUGUGGUCUGCAUCCUUGCUAUUCGAACCGUGCGGGCCUUCCAGAGCCACAUGGCCAUGGCUCAGCACAGCCCCAAGAGCAGCGUUAGGGACAGAAGCGUCAGAAAUGACCGCCCCACGUACAGAACCUCUGGAAGCUCCCAGAACACCCAGGCUCUUGCCACAUUAGUGUGAAGUCAGUUGUGGGCCUGUGCCAGAGAACAGCAGCUUCAGCGAGGGGCAGUACUGGACUUUGUGUGCCUAAAUCCACUGUCUGACAAGGUACUGGAAGUGUCUCUCAAAUCACCAAAUGUAAAUAAAAUGUAAUAAAAUAGAUGCUGGAAGGAUAUUCUAACAAAGCUUUUUUUUUUUUUGGUGCAUCAGUCUCUCGGACAGACUCCUGCCUUUAAAAUGUGUUUGAUUCUAACGUUUCCACCCUGUACAGAGCAAAUCUGAACAACAGUGCACUGUUAACAGGUUGCAAUUGCAAUGGUGCCGAGCUGGUGUUAAUAACCACUCCCUUUAUUCUCUCUUGGCAUAAGGAAUUGAACAUAAAGCCUGCAUGGGCAGCCAGCUGUGCAGAGAAGUCCUUGAACACAUCCCGUGCCUGUUGAUGCAUCCUGUUGCUUUAAGCCACAGUAGGCACAAAGCAGAGGACACUCAGGUGCCUUUCUGAAUCGCAUCCUGAGUUAUACUUGUGACCUGUUCCACUUGGAACAGUGAAAUAUUUUAUCUUUCGAGUCAUGGGGUCAUCGCAUGGCAAUCACGUGCUCCUGUAGGAAUGCUGCCAAGAGGAGCAAGCUGCAGCUAACUUCAAAAGCAGCAUCUGGGGCCUGGCUCCAGGUCUGCUACAUUUUUCCUCCCACUGAGCACAGAUCAGACGGUAAGAGGCAACACAUUUGUCAGCUAUCCUCUUAAUGAAGAUACUGCUUGCCUCUGCAGCAUGGUUUGGCUUGCUGACUACAGCUGAUGAUGAGCAGAGCCCAAGUCAGGUACGCGCUGGCUGCCAUUGAGCUUUUCAAGGCAAUUCUGUAACAAUGACAAAACAUUCACGUCUCCUUCCAAUAUCUAAACGAGAAAAGCAUGAGUGAACAGCAGUAAUUGUAUGCCCCCAGGGUCGAGAAAAUAAGAGAACAUCUUUUCAGAGUUCUUUUUUGAGGAAGAUGAAAUAGGUCACUGGACUUCACAGAUGAGAGGGUGAGAAAAAAAGAGCUAUUGCUGAAGUAUGUAAGAUUUGUCAGUUUGUGGGGAGGGAAGAGGCAAUUUUGAGCCUGGCUGUGAUCUUUCUCUUCCAUGUAGCUCAGAAUCACUGUCUAGAUGAGGCCC